AGUUCUAGUUUUAAACAGAUGAAUGAUUAAAACUUGUAUCAAUGGAGUAUCAACAGAAGCUUACCAAUUCAAGGUCUUUGAAGAGAAUUCGGAAUGGAGUAUUAUAAAAUGUAAAUGAGUGGCGAAGCGUCGUUAAAAAGAGAUGUUUCGUUAGACAUUGAUCGUUUCAACACGUUUGUAAAAAGAUUUGAGUAUUCAAUUGCAAGAAAUGGAAGAUUUUUUACCACUCUGUUCUAGUAUGGAGAGGGAAAGUUGGACUCUUCAAAAACUUAACUCGUCAGACGAUGACAGCAGUGAUAUCAGUGCUGAAGGAAUAUCUUGCGACAGUUGGUCGUUGGAUAAUUUAGAAGUGGAUGCUUACCUCGACUAUUUGUUUCCACCUUCUCCCGGAGAUAGAAUACUAGAUAGAAACUUAAAGAUUAUAGAAGAUUAUCUCUUUCCAGAUGAAUCGGAUCAAAAUACCCCUUGUAACUGGUUGCAGCAGCCCGAUCUCCAGUCUAACUGGCAGAAUAAUAUUUAUCAAGAAACUACUUCAAAUUGUUGGAUAAUGCCUUGUGGAAAUUUCGAGCCUGUGCCUCCUACCACUACUUCCGAACAAGAUAUGGUAGUGUUAGGAGUUGAUCUUAACUCGUUGUCGUCGAUACUGUUAGAGGAUUAUCAGCAGCAAACUCUUCCACCGACCAGCUAUGCUCCUAGAAAUUAUGUGGCGUCUCAAAAUGUGAAUAUGUCAAUGGCUCCUAUUCCACCAGCCAAGAGACAAAGACAAAACAUGCUACCAGCUAAUCCAGCAUUUUCUAUGAAUGUUCCUAGCGCGGUCGUUGGUGGAAGGAGGACCAAUUCCAGACAAUCUUCGAAUAAGGAAGAAGAAAAGAUAUUUCACUGCACGUACCAAGGGUGUACGAAAGUUUAUUCGAAAAGUUCUCACUUGAAAGCUCAUCUGAGACGUCAUACAGGGGAAAAACCAUUUGCUUGCCAAUGGCCGGGAUGUGGCUGGAGAUUUUCUCGAUCGGACGAACUAGCUCGACACAAGAGAUCCCAUUCAGGUAUAAAGCCUUAUAACUGUCAUAUUUGCGAGAAACGCUUUUCCAGAUCGGAUCAUCUAGCUAAGCAUUUGAAAGUUCACCGAAGAGAGAAAAUGAUAACGUUGGUCUCGGGGCAGACAACUUCUUAUAGAUCAACUGUAUCUAUAGCAUCUUCAUCAACGAAAUAGAGAUCGGAAUGUUCUGCUAGUGGAUCAAAAAUAAGUGGCAUUUGAAAGUUAGAAUAUUUAGAAAGUCAAGUUUCGAAAUUUUCGAAACAAAAUACUCAAAAUUGUGUUCUGCUUAGGGGAAUCUAAGCCUAAAAAAAGGACAAGUUUUGCCUGUUUACAAUUUCGUUUCCGUUCGAGAUAUAGUUAAGAAAUUCCAGGAGGUCGUUAGCCGAACUGAAACUCCGGAAGCCUUCUUCGUAAGGCUGUUGUUUUUGAAAGAAGUGAAACAAUUGCGGCUGUC